UCGGUUCAUCGCCGACUCCUCCAGGCACGUCGGCACAGAAGCAGAGUAGUACGGCAUAGAAAUCGCAGUUUGCCGCGCUUGCUUAUCGGGAAUGGCACGCGCUUAUGUGCACCUCGCGGCGGCGGCCCUGCUGGCGACCGGCUGCGCGCUGGUCGCCGCCUCGACGGUCGGGGCGUUCGUGCCGUCCGGCUGGAGCAAGGGCACCGCGACGUUCUACGGCGGCAGCGACGCCUCCGGCACGAUGGGUGGUGCGUGCGGGUACGGGAACCUGUACUCGCAGGGGUACGGCACGCGGACGGCGGCGCUGAGCACAACGCUGUUCAACGACGGCGCGUCGUGUGGGCAGUGCUACAAGCUCAUCUGCGACGCCAACGCGGACCCGCAAUGGUGCCGCCGGGGCAGAUCCGUCACUAUAACGGCGACCAACUUCUGCCCGCCCAACUACGCGCUCCCCAGCAACGACGGCGGGUGGUGCAACCCGCCGCGGCAGCACUUCGACAUGGCGCAGCCGGCGUGGGAGAAGAUCGGCAUCUACCGCGGCGGCAUCGUGCCGGUCCUCUUCCAGCGCGUCCCCUGCAAGAGGCGCGGCGGCGUGCGGUUCACGGUGAGCGGGCGGGACUAUUUCGAGCUGGUGCUAGUGACCAACGUGGCGGCGGCGGGCGCGGUGCGGUCCAUGGACGUGAAGGGCACGCGCACGGCCGGGUGGAUUACCAUGUCCCGGAACUGGGGCGUCAACUGGCAGUCGCUGGCGUACCUCAACGGACAGGGUCUCUCGUUCCGGGUCACCACCGACGACGGCCAGACCAUCGUCUUCGCCGACGUCGUGCCGCCGUCGUGGACGUUCGGGCAGACGUACGCGAGCAGGCUGCAGUUCAAGUAAAGCUGCCCGAUUCUGCUUGGUUACUUUGGUCGGCAGUGGCGUGCUUUACUGCUCUGGUCAGUUCAGCUGCCCGCCCGCGCAUCCCUGCUUGUAGUUUCAGCAUCGCCGGCCCUUUUUGUUCUUGA